AUGUCGACUUUUGAUUUUAGCGAUAAAAAGCCCUUAAGUGGUGGUUGGAUGGUUAAGAAGACCACUAUUUACAUUCUGGUUGUAGUUGCGCUUAUAAUUCUCACUGGUGCUGUGUUGUUGGCGUAUCUUGUUCCCGAUAGAGAGUGUGAAGUGACCCAGAUUGAGUUGCCAGAUGACCCAGAAACGAUCAAGAUGCCAAAACCUGUUGACAUCCCAAAAACUGACCCAGUACCAGAAGCCAGAUUACCGACUACUGUGAUUCCAUAUCACUAUGAUGUUAAACUACAGGUCUAUCUUGAUGAACAAUUAGACGGUGACAAAUACCUCGAUAUUGACGGUGAGACUUAUAUUUACGUGACGUGUAAAGAAGCAACAGACGAAAUCACUGUGCAUAUUAAAACAAUGACUGUCGACAGCUGUGACGUAUUUGAAACCGAUAAUAACCAGCAGAUUUCUGUCACAAGCACAGAGACUGUACCCGAAAACGAGUUUUACGUCAUCAAGCUAUCGCGGAGCUUAGGUGUUGGACAAAAGUAUAAAAUACAUUUCAAUCAUACGGGUACUUUAAAUCAGACAGAUUUACGUGGUUUCUACUACGCAACAUAUACAGAGGAUGGGGAAGAAAAAACAUUUGCGGCAACUCAGUUUGAACCAAGUCGCGCGCGUCGUGCAUUCCCAUGCUUCGAUGAACCAGCACUGAAGGCAACGUUCACCACUACUCUGAUUUAUCGAACGGGACGUAUUGCAUUGGCCAACACGGAGGUUGUAAGGAAUGGUACAUAUUUGGAGGGGUGGAUAGAGACUGAAUACGAUAAGACAGUUGUGAUGUCUAGUUAUUUGAAUGCAUAUACCAUAGGUGAUUGGGAAUGUAUCUAUAAUACGUCAAGAAACAACAUAUCGUUUGGGGUUUGCUCUCAGCCAUCGCUCAUUGAAGACACUGAGUAUGCUCUGUAUACCGGUAUGGACCAAAUGUCAAUGUUCGAAGACUUAUGGAACAUGCCUUUCCCUAUGACAAAGACAGACAUGCCGGCGUUGCCAGUGUUUGGACCAGGCGCUAUGGAGAAUUGGGGUUUGAUUUUAUACAGGGAGAUAUACAUCAUUUACAACCCACGUGACUUUACACCUAGUAGAAAGCAGGGAGUUGCGGCAGUAGUUGCACAUGAAUUAGCUCAUAUGUGGUAUGGAAACGCCGUUACAAUGGAAUGGUGGAACGAUCUAUGGCUGAAUGAAGGAUUUGCUACUUAUUUCCAAUACUACGGAUUGGAUUACUCAGUACCUGGUUUUGACACAUUUGACCAAUUAUUCCUGAGGGAUGUGACUUAUCGGGCGAUGAGAUCAGAUCAAGUCGGUACAUCCACACCUGUGAGCGCCGAGAGGACUAUUUACAGGAUGAUAUAUCAAAAGGGAGGCGCUUUAAUUAAUAUGAUGGCUGAUUUCCUCACUCAAGACUUGCUGUUUGAUGGGUUACGAAAAUAUUUACACAGACAUGAAUGGGGAAACACAGUCAAUGAUGACCUUUGGACCGCACUGACGGAAACCGUUGACGCUCAUUUGGGAAAAAGGAUGAAUGAGACCUUGGGCUAUGACAUGAAAGAUAUAAUGGACACGUGGGUCCUACAGAUGGGUUUUCCUGUUGUGACUUUGACGAGAACAGCAACCAAUUUAGUUACGGCUGAACAAGAGCAUUUCCUACUUGAUCCGAACGAUGAACCACAAGAAGACCCAGGGUUACCACAGCUAGGAUACGUAUGGCACAUUCCUUUAACUUACACACACGAAGCGGAGUUGAAUUUCCACACGCCGACGAGAACUUGGUUACAUAAAACCGGAGGUAGGCUGAAUAUGCAAAUAUUAAGACGAAAAAUAUGUUGUCAUAACGUUCCAAAAUAUAACGACGUCAAACGUACUUUCUCCCUUUUGUGCAUACCGUGA